AUAACCCAUAUAAAGUUGCAUGAAAAGAAAUGAAUUUUAUCAUUUUCAAUGUUUGUUUUUUUUGCUCAGAGAAUGAUCAACAGCACCAUUGAGAAAUAUCAGCUGGUCAGUGCUAAGGACCGCCACCUACCCGCAGCAGUGUCAGAGAUCCGGAAUUACCUCAGUGUCAACUCCACCCUCGAGACAGUUGAGGAAAAGAAGAUUUCAGACAGACUGAAGAAAUCCCUGGAGUGGAGGAGAUACUAUGCCAAAAAAAGGUCUCAUGCAACAAGCAAUGGUUUACCAGUGCGGCAUGUGAUAAAGAAGAAAAAGUCAGGAUCCGACAAGGAGAACAGACAGCCCAGUCCCACUGAUGAAGAGCCCUUACUUCAAGGAGAUCUUGGAUCUGACCUACAUGAUGUUGGUGUUGACAACAGAGGAUUUGACCCAGACACUGACAGUGACAGUGAUGUCCCCCUGUCAACCCUAGCUACAAGAAAGAAGAAGUCCCUCUGA